CGUGACUGGAUAGACAAUGAAUGAACCGUGUGUAAAUUUGAUGUGAAAGAACAUUUUGUGUGGUUGAUUUUAGUGUAUUUAUUUAUUUCUGACGUAUGAUUUCCAUUCGUAAUUUAUUUCACUUGUAAUUGGUGUGCAUCAAAACAUGAAGAAUAUAUAUGACAGACGUACUGUAAUAAUGUGAUUGAAAACACAUUGAAAACUUUAAUCAUCAAGAAAUUUAAAGGAGUCAUAACAAUCAUGAAAAUGGUUCAUCAUAACGCAAAAUUCGUGUGAUGUCAAAUAGAUAUCAUUACGAGAAUAUUUAUAAAAGUACUAUCGUAGAAGUGGCAUCUGUAAAUUUUUAACAAUGUCGAGUACACUUGUACAACAAUUUGUUCAGAGACUUAAAUCCAGGAAUGAAGAAAUACGUAACAAGGCAGCUAGAGAUCUGUGUCUCUAUGUUAAAACAGAACUACGCGAAGCAUCACAGGAAGAAAUUACAGCUUUUAUGGAUGAAUUUAAUCACCACAUAUUCGAGAUGGUAUCUGGGUCAGAUGUAAAUGAAAAAAAGGGUGGGAUCUUAGCCAUAGUUUGCCUUAUUGGAGCUGAUGUAGGGAAUAUUAACACAAGAACUAUAAGAUUUGCAAAUUAUUUAAGGAAUUUAUUACCUUCUAAUGAUGUGGGUGUUAUGGAGUUAGCUGCGAAAACAGUUGGUAAACUAGCAUUAGUUUCUGGUACUUAUACAGCAGAAUACGUAGAAUUUGAAGUAAAGCGUGCCUUUGAAUGGCUUGGUGGUGAUAGACACGAAGGUAAAAGACAUGCUGCUGUCCUUGUUUUAAGAGAACUUGCUGUUUCUAUGCCUACAUAUUUUUUUCAACAAGUGACACCAUUUUUUGAACUCAUAUUUAAUGCAAUACGUGAUCCAAAACCUGUAAUAAGAGAAGGUGCUGUUGAAGCAUUGAGGGCAGCUUUAGUCGUCACUGCACAGAGAGAAACAGCAAAACAAAUGCACAAGUCACAAUGGUACAAGCAAUGUUAUGAUGAAAUAGUGUCAGGAUUUGAAGAAGUGUAUACCAGAGAAAGAGGAGUAAAUAGAGAUGAUAGAAUACAUGGUUCACUGCUGGUAUUGAAUGAAUUGCUAAGAUGUAGUAACAUUCAGUGGGAGAGAAAUUAUGAAACGUUAAUGGAACGACUAAAUUGUUCUACCCAACAAAAUGAAAACGAUAUAUUAUCGUUGAUGCCGCGAUUAAAAACAACGAUAGUGUCCAAGUGGUCUAGUUCUUCUCAAAAUUCUACUAAUUCUCAACAAACAUUAUAUCCAGCACAUGAAUCUGCAGUAUGCCGUUGUUUAAUGCAAGAAAGAUUAGAUGAUAUUUAUAAUGAUGUAAUGAACCAGAGAAUGUCUAGAAAUCCACAUAUCCAACAUGCUCUUAUGAUGUUGUUACCUAGGCUUGCAGCAUUUAAUAAAGAAAAAUUUACGAAAGAUCACUUGAGAGAAUCAUUAACGUAUCUUUUAAUGACUUUACGUAGUAGAGAGAAAGAUCGAUAUGCCGCAUUUACUACAAUUGGGCUUAUAGCAGUUGCAGUAGAAGAUUCAAUAAAUCCCUACCUUUCAAAAAUUAUGGAAGUGAUCAAGAAUUUAUUACCUUCUAAGGAAACGUCUGCUAAAAAACGUGGAGCAUCUUUGGAACCUGCAGUAUUCGUUUGUAUUACUUUACUCGGACAUGCGGUAAAACAAGUAAUAGCUGCAGAUGUGAGAGAUCUGUUAGAAUCUAUGUUACAGACUGGAUUAAGUCCCAUUCUUACAACAUCUCUCAGGGAACUAGCUCACAGUGUACCAUCAUUGAAACCUGAUAUAUCUCAAGGACUUCUACGAAUGUUAUCUCAAGUUUUGAUGCAGAAACCUUUAAGACAUCCUGGUGCACCAUGGACUGCAACCAGUCCUAUCUCUGGACCUCCCACUGAAGUGGAUAUUCCAUCUACAGUUUUAGCAUUGAAGACUCUUGGAACCUUUAAUUUUGAUGGCAAUCCACUUUUACAGUUUGUAAGGCGAUGUGCCGACCAUUUCCUUACGUCUGAACAAGCAGAAGUUCGAUUAGAGGCUGUAAGAACAUGUUCACGAUUGUUGCGAUUAGCGUUAAAUCAACCUGGACCAACAGUAACUAAUACUGUCUCUACUGUUCUUGGAAAACUGUUAGUUGUGGGCAUAACAGACACAGAUCCUGAUGUAAGACUCUGGGUUUUAGCUUCCCUAGAUGACUCAUUUGAUAUUCAUUUGGCACAAGCAGAAAAUCUUUCUGCGUUAUUUAUUGCGAUGAAUGAUGAAAUGUUCGAAAUAAGAGAAUUAGCAAUCCGCACAAUCGGACGAUUAAGCACGAUGAAUCCAGCAUAUGUUAUGCCCUCUCUUCGUAAAACACUUAUUCAAUUUUUAACAGAAUUAGAACACUCAGGUAUGGGUCGUAACAAGGAGCAAGCUGCACGAAUGUUGGAUCAUCUGGUUGUCAGUGCGCCAAGACUUAUUCGACCAUACAUGGAACCCAUCCUGAAAGUCCUUGUCCCAAAGUUAAAGGAACCUGAAUCAAAUCCUGGUGUGAUUCUAGCUAUACUACGCGCUAUUGGUGAUCUAGCGGAAGUUAAUGGUGCUGAAAUGCAACAAUGGAUGCCUGAACUCCUCUGUAUAUUGCUGGAGAUGUUAGUCGACGCAAGUUCUCCAGAAAAAAGGGGAGUUGCUUUAUGGGUUCUUGGUCAAUUAGUCGGAAGCACAGGACAUGUUGUUAAACCAUAUAUGCAAUAUCCUUCAUUACUAGAUGUAUUGAUAAAUUUCUUAAAAACAGAGCAACAAUUAAUUAUUAGAAGAGAAACUAUAAGAGUUCUUGGAUUAUUAGGUGCUUUGGAUCCAUAUAAACAUAAGAUGAAUCUUGGUCAGAUUGACUCUCAAUUGGAUACUCUCACUUCUAUGGCUGAUACUAAAAGUGAAACUGAAAACACACAAGAUUUAACUACUAGCGAAAUGUUAGUGAAUAUGUCCUCGUCAACUUUAGAAGAAUAUUAUCCAGCGAUCGCAAUUGCAACGCUUAUGAGAAUUAUCCGUGAUCCGACGUUAUCGCAGCACCAUACUAUGGUGGUUCAAGCUGUAACUUUUAUAUUUAAAAGUUUAGGUAUUAAAUGUGUUCCAUAUAUCUCUCAAGUGAUGCCGAGCUUCCUUAAUGUGGUUCGUACAGCAGAUGUUAACUUUCGAGAGUUCCUGUUUCAACAACUGGCCGUCCUUAUUGCCAUUGUGAAGCAGCAUAUUAGAAAUUAUUUAGACGAUAUAUUUAAUUUAAUUAAAGAAUUUUGGACUGUGAAUAGUCCAUUACAGAGCACGCUGAUACUUUUAGUUGAACAUAUUGCUGUAGCAUUAGGUGCAGAAUUUAAAAUUUACUUACCUCAAUUGAUGCCACAAAUAUUAAGAGUUUUAACGCAUGACACAAGUAAGGAUAGAUGGGUCACAGUGAAGCUUCUUCAAGCACUCCAAAAAUUUGGAAAUAAUCUAGACAAUUAUCUUCAUUUAGUUUUACCACCAAUUGUAAAAUUAUUCCAUGCCACUGAUUGCCCAAUAACUGUGAACAAAGUGGCGCUUGAAACUGUUGAUCAUUUAGCAGAUACAUUGGAUUUCACAGAUUUUGCAUCUAGAAUCGUGCAUCCUUUGGUACGAACUUUGGAUCAGUGUCCAGAGCUACGAAAUACGGCGAUGGACACAUUAUGCGCGUUAGUGAUACAAUUAGGGAAAAAAUAUCAGAUCUUUAUCUUAUUAGUACAGAAAGUUAUGACGAAGCAUAAAAUUGUUAAUUCGCGUUACGAUGUUCUAAUUGAUAAAAUUUUGACAGAGACUACCGUUGCUGACGGCGAAGAUUAUCUCUUAAUGAGACAUCGACAUGCAAGAAACAAAAAUCGUGACUUAUCUUUGACACCGUCUGACACGACUACGAUUAAAAGAUUACACGUAUCCGCCUCGAAUCUUCAAAAAGCCUGGACUGCAACGAGAAGAGUUUCAAAGGACGAUUGGCUGGAAUGGCUAAGAAGUUUGUCGAUAGGUUUGCUCAAAGAAUCACCGUCACCUGCAUUAAGAUCAUGUUGGGCUCUUGCACAAACCUAUUCUCAAUUACCCAGAGACUUAUUUAAUGCUGCUUUCGUUUCCUGUUGGACUGAAUUAGACGACACAUACAAAGCGGAACUUAUACAAACUUUACAACAAGCAUUAAUGGUUCCUGAUCUUCCAGAGAUAACUCAGACGAUCUUAAACCUAGCAGAAUUCAUGGAACACUGUGAUAAGGGGCCAUUACCUUUGGACAAUAAAAUUUUGGGUGAAAGAGCAAUGCACUGUAGAGCUUAUGCAAAGGCAUUACAUUAUAAAGAAGACGAGUUUCACAAAAGCAGAAAUAGCAAUGUUUUUGAAUCUUUAAUUUCUAUCAAUAACAAACUUCAACAAAAAGAAGCUGCAGAAGGUUUACUGGAAUAUGUUAUGAAUCAAAAUAAUCAACAAGACUUAAAAGUGCAAAUUCGUUGGUAUGAAAAAUUGCAUAAUUGGGAUAAAGCUUUGCAAUUAUACAGAGAAAGAUUAGAAAGCAACUCUACGGAUGUAGAGUCAACUCUAGGUGAAAUGCGUUGUUUAGAAGCUCUUGGGGAAUGGGGACAGUUGCACGAUGUCGCUACGAAACAGUGGUCACAUCAAAGCGACGAAACCAAGCAGAGAAUGGCUAGAAUGGCGGCAGCUGCAGCAUGGGGUUUAAAUCAGUGGGAAAGUAUGGAAAAAUAUGUCUCCUUGAUACCAAAGGAUACUCAAGAUGGCGCCUUUUAUAGAGCUGUUUUAGCAAUUCAUGAUGAACAAUACGAUAUUGCUCAUCAGCUAAUUGAUAGUGCUAGAGAUUUAUUAGACACAGAAUUGACUGCCAUGGCUGGUGAAAGUUAUCAGAGAGCUUAUAAUGCCAUGGUGGAGGUCCAGAAGUUAGCAGAACUAGAGGAAGUAAUACAAUUUAAAUUGGUCCCAGAAAGAAGGUCCACUAUUAAAUCCAUGUGGUGGGAAAGGCUUCAAGGUGGGCAGAGGAUAGUUGAAGACUGGCAAAAGAUUAUACAGGUUCACACGCUGGUAGUUUCACCUCAGGAUGAUAUGUAUACAUGGUUGAAAUAUGCUAGUCUUUGCAGGAAAAGUGGCAGUUUAAUGUUAUGUCACAAAACAUUAGUUAUGUUGCUUGGAACAGAUCCUUCCUUAACUCCUGAUCAGCCAUUACCAACCACUCAUCCUCAAGUGACAUUCGCUUAUUGUAAGCACAUGUGGGUGGCAAAUAAACGUGAAGAAGCGUAUAAUCAGUUGCAAAGAUUUGUGCAGAUGUCUUUACAACCGACGACUGUGUCGGUGGUAAAUCAAGAAGAUGAGAAACAACAAGAAGUAAGAAAACGAUUACUUGCUAGAUGUUAUUUGAAGCUUGGAGAAUGGUUGGAAGCUUUGCAGGGCAUAAAUGAACAUUCUAUUCCGGCGGUGCUAUCUUAUUAUGCUGCAGCUACAGAACACGAUCCUACUUGGUACAAGGCAUGGCAUGCUUUUGCAUAUACUAACUUUGAAACGGUUUUAUUUUAUAAACAUCAACAAGGCGAUUCGAAUAAUGAGAACAUUCCAGGAAACGGAACUCGCGGUAAUCUUUCUAGUUCACAGUACAUAUCUCAAUUUACUGUACCAGCAGUUGAAGGGUUCUUCAGAUCUAUUAAUCUUUCCCAUGGUAAUUCUUUGCAAGAUACACUUCGUUUGUUGACCUUGUGGUUUGAUUAUGGUCAGUGGCCAGAAGUGUAUGAAGCUAUCGUCGAAGGUAUCCGUUUAAUCGAAAUCAAUACUUGGCUACAAGUAAUUCCGCAACUUAUAGCAAGAAUAGAUACACCCAGAGCUUUAGUUGGUAGAUGUAUACAUCAUCUCUUAAUAGAUAUUGGAAAAACACAUCCUCAAGCCUUGGUCUAUCCUUUGACUGUAGCGUCGAAAAGCGCCAGUCAUGCCAGAAAGACCGCCGCCAAUAAAAUUCUUAAAAGUAUGUGCGAACAUAGCCCGACUCUGGUGCAACAAGCAAUGAUGGCUAGUGAUGAAUUAAUCAGAGUCGCGAUUCUCUGGCAUGAAUUGUGGCAUGAAGGGCUGGAAGAAGCUAGUAGAUUAUAUUUCGGUGAAAGAAACGUUCGGGGAAUGUUUGAUACGUUAGAGCCCUUACAUGCAAUGUUAGAGAGAGGCCCACAGACUUUAAAAGAAACAUCUUUCAAUCAAGCUUAUGGCAGAGAUUUAAUGGAGGCACAAGAAUGGUGUCGCAGAUAUAAAGCUUCGCGCAAUGUCCGUGAUUUGAAUCAAGCUUGGGAUUUAUAUUAUCACGUUUUUAGGAGGAUAUCUCGACAGUUACCGCAGCUAACUAGUUUAGAACUUCAGUAUGUCAGUCCAAAAUUACUUCUUUGUAGGGAUUUAGAAUUGGCCGUGCCAGGCAGCUAUAGCCCUGGACAACCAAUAGUUAGGAUAGCAAGUAUACAUAGUUCUAUGCAAGUGAUAACAAGCAAACAGCGACCGCGAAAAUUAUGUAUAAAAGGUAGCAAUGGUAAAGAUUACAUGUUCCUUUUAAAAGGACACGAAGAUCUCAGACAGGAUGAACGAGUAAUGCAAUUAUUUGGUCUAGUCAAUACCCUCCUGUUGCAUGAUCCAGAUACCUUUAGAAGAAAUCUUACUAUCCAAAGGUAUGCUGUAAUUCCACUAUCCACAAAUAGUGGUCUGAUUGGUUGGGUACCACAUUGUGAUACAUUACAUACACUAAUUAGAGAUUACAGAGAAAAAAAGAAAAUACUACUAAACAUAGAACAUAAGAUAAUGUUAAGAAUGGCACCGGGUUAUGAUCAUCUUAUGCUCAUGCAAAAGGUUGAAGUGUUCGAACAUGCCCUUGAGCAUACACAUGGUGAUGAUUUGUCACGACUUCUUUGGUUAAAAUCACCGUCAAGUGAAGUAUGGUUUGAUCGUAGAACAAAUUACACUCGUUCUCUCGCUGUAAUGUCUAUAGUAGGAUAUAUUCUUGGCCUUGGUGAUCGACAUCCAUCUAAUUUGAUGUUGGACCGUUUAAGUGGGAAAAUAUUACACAUUGACUUCGGAGAUUGCUUCGAAGUAGCCAUGACUCGUGAGAAGUUUCCCGAGAAAAUUCCGUUCCGGCUAACAAGAAUGUUAAUCAAUGCAAUGGAAGUAACGGGAAUCGAGGGCACGUACAGAAGAACUUGUGAAUCAGUAAUGUCAGUGUUACAUCGUAACAAGGAUAGUUUGAUGGCAGUACUAGAAGCGUUUGUUUAUGAUCCUUUGUUAAACUGGCGGUUGAUGGACAAUGCCGCAUUAAAAGGUAAAAGAUCUGAUGCCCAAGGAAUGAGUGCCAGUAGUAAUCAAGAGCACAGCGAUGUAUUAGAUUCUCUUACCGCCACAUUACCAAAGAAAGGAGUACCAUGUAGCGUUGAAAAUGGAGGUGAUACUAAUCAACCAGAAGCACUGAACAAAAAAGCUCUUACCAUCAUAACAAGAGUAAGGGAUAAAUUAACUGGACGUGAUUUCUCUCACGAAGAAACACUGAGUGUCCAACGCCAAGUUGAUCUUUUAAUUCAGCAAGCUACUAAUAACGAGAAUUUGUGUCAAUGUUACAUUGGAUGGUGUCCCUUCUGGUAAAUAUGAAUUUUCGUAGAUGAGGACCUUAAUGUGUAUGAUGUGCAGUCUCGUUCCUGUUUUUGCAUUUUUUAUUAUUAAGAAAUAAUUAUAUGUAGUAUCGUACCAUUAGAGCAUAUUGUACAUAUAUAAGCUAUAUUAUUAUAUUGAUUGUAUAUAAUACUCAUGUUAUUCCUGCUUAUAAAGUACAAUGUACAUUAGAAAAAACACGCUUUAGAAACCAUAUGAUAAUCAAUUUUUAUGUAAACAUGAAAAGAUCUACUCAGGAAUAAGAUUAUAGUAACAAUAUUUUUUUCUUAA